AUGGGUGCAGAAGGGAAAGAUACGGGUUUUCAACCAUCAGAGUCGAAGCAGUGCGCCAAUGGCUGUGGCUUCUUCGGCACGGCGGCGACCAGGAACCUAUGCUCGAAGUGCUACAGAGACCUCCGCCUGAAGGAAAAGCAAGCCGCCAUGGACAAGCUGAAGGCUUUCAAUAACAAGAUGCUAGUUGACGGAUUUCGCGAAGAUUCUCGAGCUGGGUCGGCGUCGGCGGCUGUAAACGAAUCCCCAGUGGUGGUGGCACCGACUUCCGGGGCUGAGUCCUUGGCGAACAGGUGCUCGAGCUGCCGGAAAAAGGUGGGCGUGCUGGGAUUCAAGUGCCGGUGCGGAGCUACGUUUUGCGGGGAGCACAGAUACCCAGAGAAGCACCGGUGCUCCGUCGAUUUCAAGGCGGUAGGUCGGGACGCCAUUGCCAAGGCUAAUCCGGUGGUGAGACGUUGCAAGAUCGAGCGGUUGUGA